GGGACGUACCGGCAGCUCUUCCACCCCGAGCAGCUCAUCACGGGCAAGGAGGAUGCGGCCAACAACUAUGCCCGUGGGCACUACACCAUCGGGAAGGAGAUCAUAGACCUGGUCCUCGACCGCAUCCGCAAACUGGCUGACCAGUGCACAGGGCUGCAGGGCUUCCUGGUCUUCCACAGCUUCGGGGGUGGCACCGGCUCCGGCUUCACCUCCCUGCUCAUGGAGCGCCUCUCCGUCGACUAUGGCAAGAAGUCCAAGCUGGAGUUCUCCAUCUACCCGGCCCCACAGGUCUCCACAGCUGUGGUGGAGCCCUACAACUCCAUCCUCACCACCCACACCACCCUGGAGCACUCCGACUGCGCCUUCAUGGUGGACAACGAGGCCAUCUAUGACAUCUGCCGCCGCAACCUGGACAUCGAGAGGCCAACCUACACCAACCUCAACCGCCUCAUCAGCCAGAUCGUGUCGUCCAUCACGGCCUCCCUGCGCUUCGAUGGGGCCCUGAACGUUGACCUGACAGAGUUCCAGACCAACCUGGUGCCGUACCCCCGCAUCCACUUCCCGCUGGCCACCUAUGCCCCUGUCAUCUCAGCUGAGAAGGCUUACCACGAGCAGCUCUCAGUGGCCGAGAUCACCAACGCCUGCUUUGAGCCGGCCAACCAGAAGGUGAAGUGUGACCCGCGGCACGGCAAGAAGAUGGCGCGCUGUCGGCUGGACGCCGUGGUGCACUGGUACGUGAGGGAGGGCAUGGAGGAGGGCGACUUCUCAGAGGCCCGGGAGGACAUGGCCGCACUGGAGAAGGAUUAUGAGGAGGUGGGGGUGGAUUCGGUGGAAGGGGAGGGAGAGGAGGAAGGCGAGGAAUACUGAACUCCCCCUGGGGUGCUGCUCUACAGGGAACGUAACCUAGUUGAAGGCCCUUGGGGCUGUAGCAGUGUGUGCGCCGCAGUCUGUCCUGUCAAUGGUCUGUGCUUCAAUGGAAAAGUCUGUUCCGGACCCACCCGUCCUCUCCUGUGGGUCUGAAUAAAAAGCAUUCCCUGUCUUA